CCCGCCUGGCUGAUUCACGUGGCUCUUGGGGUGGAGCGGCAGUCGACGCGGAGACGGAGGGUGGGGAAAACAAAAGGCAGCUGUCAAAGGGGAAGCAGCGCGCUCGGCGGCCCAGCCCGGCAGGCAGCAGGAGCAGUGCCAAAUUGCUGCAAGAAAUAGUUGGUUCCAGCAAUCGGGGAAAGUGUGUGGAUGCACAAAUGUCCAUUGUCUUGCUUCUAAAUUUUUCGGCUGGCUUCUGGAUCCAAAAGAAAUUGGUCAUGGACAAGCAUAAGCUUACAGUGAAUAUGCUGUAUCUGUAGAUACUACUGAUUUGGGGAAUGGCGGUCAACGUGUAUUCUACCUCUAUAACCCAAGAGACUAUGAGCAGACAUGACAUCAUUGCAUGGGUGAAUGACAUAGUAGCUUUAAACUACACAAAAGUUGAACAGCUAUGUUCAGGGGCAGCUUAUUGCCAGUUCAUGGAUAUGUUGUUCCCAGGGUGUAUUAGCUUGAAGAAAGUCAAAUUUCAAGCGAAACUGGAGCAUGAGUACAUUCAUAAUUUCAAACUUCUGCAAGCAUCUUUUAAAAGAAUGAAUGUGGAUAAGGUUAUUCCGGUGGAGAAAUUAGUAAAGGGGCGCUUCCAGGACAACUUGGAUUUCAUCCAGUGGUUUAAGAAGUUUUUUGAUGCUAACUAUGAUGGGAAAGAGUAUGAUCCAGUGGAGGCCCGGCAAGGCCAAGAUGCUAUUCCACCACCUGAUCCCGGCGAGCAGAUUUUUAAUUUGCCAAAAAAAUCUCAUCAUGCAAACUCCCCCACAGCAGGUGCUGCCAAAUCCAGUCCAGCUUCAAAACCAGGAUCUACGCCCUCUCGUCCUUCGUCAGCAAAAAGAACACCACCAAGCAGUUCAGCAUCCAAAUCUGAUAAAGACUUGGAGACGCAAGUAAUACAGCUCAGUGAACAGGUACAUUCAUUAAAACUUGCACUUGAAGGUGUGGAGAAGGAAAGGGAUUUCUAUUUUGGAAAGUUAAGGGAGAUCGAGCUUCUCUGUCAAGAACAUGGGCAGGAAAAUAAUGACCUUGUCCAGCGACUAAUGGAAGUUCUCUAUGCUUCAGAAGAACACGCCCUGGGGGAAGCGGGAGAAAGUGAGCCAGCUAGUGAAGUGGCAGCAACGAGCAGAGGCUGCUGCUCCAUGCUAGAAGCUGCAUUCUUCUCACCUUCCUUGCCGCUGCCACCGCCUUUCAGUUUAAAACCCUGGCGUGCCCAGAAGGAGAGCCACACAGAAGAGCAUGAAGGCGAGGAACAGGUUCAUGAACAGCCACAGCAGCAGGAAGAGUACUGACCACCUGGCACAUCUGCUAAUUUUAAUUUUGUGUGGGAACUUUCUUCUGAAAAAUGGAACAUGUGUGGCCUCAGACUUGAAACCAAUCACUCUCAGUCUGCCAUUAACAUAAAUGUACCAUAGUGAGUGUCGGCCAACCUCUGCAUUCUGUAUCCAUCCUUUGCCAAGAUGUGUUUGCAGAAGUCUUCUAUCAGGGUAUGCACCUGAGAAGUUCUCCGGGCUUUGUUCCCAAUUUCUACCACCGCAACUUCACUAUUUGGCUGCUUGAGAUGUGUUCAGCUUUUAAUAAUAAUAAUAUAUAUAUAUUAUAUAUAUAAACACACACACAUAUAUAUAUAUAAUAUAUUUUUUUCCUUUUGUCUUAAGUAUGAUACAUUUGUAAUUUUUUCAAAACUAUUUAUAUGAGCAUCUCUUAUGGCAAAAAGAGUACUGUUCUGUUAGUUUUCUCAUAUUUUAUUAUCAUUUGGCAUAAAAUGUGGUCAAACCAUGCAAAGGAGGGGAAACAACUGAAGUCACACUCAAAUUAUACCUGUUCCAAUCUUUAAUUAAAACACAAGAAUGAGCAACUAAUUUAAAAACAAACCAUGAUCCUCCUGAUGCUCUGCACCAAAGCAUGUUAGAAAGCUGCACAGUAUACCUUUACUUCUGGAAGAUACAUGCCUGCCUAAGUAACUCGUACAUUGAGAGCUUUGAGACACUUUCCUUGCUACUAGAAGCAUUCUUCUGCCUGUUUCAACUCCAUAUUCAGUGUGUGUCUGUUGUUUCAAGCACUGAAAAAUCUUUGCCACUAUAUCUGUACUUGCAGAUGUCACUUGGUUUCAAACUCCCACUUCUGAAAAUUGGGAUUAUGCGUAUCAACCAUUCCCUCUGCCUCUUGUAUAUGUGGUAGAUGAACAUUUUUAGAGUCCUCUGUAGAGUCAUCCUUGCAAUGGAAUGUUGAGCACCUAUUUUCCACACAGGUGCAACUGCCAGUUUUCAAGCAUUGUCUGGGAGAUAAGAUAUCUUAUCAGGGACAUGAUAUGAGAACAUUUCCGUGGUCUGGCUGUGACUACUGUGAAUGGAUUGGCAGGGGGCAGAAACAAAAUGUUACAGAAAUGUUCAUUGCCACUUGUUUUUAAUAUUACCCUUCUUGUUAAUCUUGCACUUAGGUGAUGACAUUUUAUAAAUAGAAAUAUAGCAAAUUGUGUAUUAAAACAUUCCUUAUUUCUUAAAAUUAAGUUGCACAUUUUCUUAGUCCUAUUUCUCUCUCUCUCUCUCUCUCCCUCUCUCUCUCUCUCCCUUUCUUUCUUUCUUUUUGGCUCAGUUUUCCUUGUAUAUUGUUUCAUUCCUCGAUUUCAGUUUGAUUGGUUAUUUGGUUUGGCAGGUAUAACAAAAUCCCAAUAGAAUGUCACCAUACAGACUACAAUUACUGAAGAUCUCCUUAGCCUUGUAAAUGGCUUCUCUUUAAAAAACAAAAAACACCACCACCUCAAUGCCAUUGCCUCACUGAUCAAAUAGCAAUUUCUUGCAUUUAUGUUUAAAUGCAUGGCUCUUGCUUCUUUUAAAAAAAUAUACAUUGGUUUUUUUACAGAAAUCUUUUGUAACAAAGUGACUCUUACUAGUCACAGCUCAGGCAGCAUGUACAGUGCAUUUAAACAUUUGAACAAAUGUUUGCAUUUCCUCAGUUUGACUUCCUUAGCUCAUCAAAACUAUAGCCAAUCUCUGCAGAUUGGAAAAGUUUUCACAGCAUGUCUCUAUCCCAUACCUUGCAAUCCCUAUGAAAAUCAAAGCAUCCCCUUCACUAGUUCUUUACUUAUUAAUGUUAGCAGAAGUGAUUUGGUUUCACUUGAAGGCUUUAUACAUAAAACCAUUUAAAAGGCGUUUCUUUCAGGAGGAUGUUGUAUACUGUCAUGAUCCAACAUAGAAAGAAGAUAAACAAUUUUAAAUGUUCAUGGUUGUUAUAAUGCUAGUUACAGUCUCCUCAAAAUACCCAUUGUGGUUAAAAGGAAUUUGGGGCAAUUACAAGGCUUCUGCACCAACUUUUAAGGUCCCGGUCAUCACUGCCAAUACAGUUGUUAUCCUUUCCCCCCACCCGCCACCCUUGAGCACAUUUUCAGAUUGUAGAAUCCAGAGGAAAGAGUUGUGGUAUUCAAGGACAAGACAGUUGAGUUGAAUCAGGAAUAUUAAUGGUUUAAUGAGGUAGAUAUUAUUUACAGAGAGGCAAGUGUAGUCUGCCUUCAGUGCUCUUGCUGCUGGCUGUUUUUUUAGCUUUGCCUCAACUCCAGGACUGGAAUAAAAGUAACUAAAGCUCCAUUCAAAAGCUGGCCUGGAUCAAUGAAUGGAUUAACCAUAAACCACACAGAUAACUUCCUUUUGAAGCGCUUUCCGGGCUUUUCCAGGUUUCUUUGCUCCUAGAUCGUUCCCAUCAAAGCUACUUUGCCCCCUAAUCCUGUCACUUAAAAUUGUGUGUGUGUGGGCGGGGGGAGUGUAUCUGGUUUUCUGUUAUUUUUUGUAAAAUUGAUCUGGAUUUGUGGAGCAAUUUCCCUGUCCCCCCCCCUUUUGAGACAGGAAGUGGUUGGCCUAGUGGGCAAGAGGAUAAUAGUUAUAUUAGAACCUGAACUGCUCAGUUGUGCUGAGGGGAGUGAGAUACUCUGGAAAGGGAAAGAGGGCUCCCCCCUCUGUGGUGAGUAACCCUGUUAUUCCGUUAUGGUUUUAAUAUGCAUUUGUAAUUACUUUUACUAAAUAGCACACCAUAAAGCUUUGGUUAUAUAUUAAAUGUAAACUGAAAGGAAUGUAAACAUAUGUAUUGUUAAUUAUAAAUAGAUAAGUAAUUAAUAGAUGCAAAAAGUCUUAUUCAGAUGUAUCAAUCACUUUACGUUACCCACCAAUUGUCGCAUGAUAGAGUAGACCUUUUUUUUUUUUGGUCUCUGAAUAUGUGAAUAACUUGACUUGCGUUUAUCUUUUUACAUAUUUAAUAAAAAAAAGUAUAUGUUACAAUCUGCCUAGCUCAAUAGACCUUCAUAAAUGUAUACAAGUUGGGUUUUCAUAAAAUAGCAUCACUGAAGUUGGGUCAAAGCCAAGCACUUUAAAAUAAAAGGUUAGUUUGUCAA